GUCAAAUUGGCGACGUAAUAGUAAAUAUAAUGGAAAUGUUCUGACGGACGUUAAUGUUUGAUAAGUCGAUGCGACAUAAAAGUGUACAACCACUGAUAUGUCUUACAAAAAUUGUCCACCCACGGACACCUUUGUGCGGGUGGGCAGACACAUUGCUUACGUGACUUCGGGCGCGGUUCCUAUUUGCUUCUUGCAUCUUUCUGUGCGCCGUAACCAAUAUUCACCGUAAGGGCGGAACUCAGCCAUACAAUACAGAUUAAAGUUAGCCCCUUAUGUAGUUUUAUGUAAAAUGCGGUCAGGGGAUAUUUUGCAUUCAUUUAGAACAUUUUGUUCGCCUAACUUUCUACCGACCUUGUACAACGUCAACAUGGGAUGGUUCGAUCUUGCCCUUUCUGGAGUUUUUCAGGAAUGCCGUUGACCUUAAUUAUGUAAUAGUCUCGUUCCAGGCCGUUUCGAAGAAGUUAUCAUUCGACCGGCAGGCGCAAACAGGGAAAAUAUCACCUUUUACGUUCAAAAUGACCGCGCGACCAAUUGCGUAUUUAACAAGGAUAGAGAAAUUCAGUGCUUGUCAUAGGCUCCACAGCCCAUUUCUUGACGAUGAAACCAACCUGAAGGUGUACGGCAAAUGCAACAACCCAAAUGGUCACGGACAUAACUACACUGUGGAGGUGACGCUGCGUGGCCCCGUGUCCCGGGACACUGGCAUGGUCAUGAACAUCCACGACCUGAAGAUGUACAUGGAGGCUGCGAUCAUGGAGCCCAUGGACCACAAGAACCUGGACAAGGAUGUGCCUCACUUCAAGGACACGGUCAGCACCACAGAGAACGUGUGCGUGUUCGUGUGGGACAACCUGCGCGCCUUGCUGCCCGACCCGGGCGUGCUCUAUGAGAUCAAGAUCCACGAGACAGACAAGAACGUGGUGUCGUACCGCGGGGAGCUCGGGAAACUGUAGGCUUCGCUAAUGCUUCCUUGCUCUGAGAUCACAGAGACACCACUCGUCAGAGGAAACAUACACUCAGCACCAUUGGGACCAAUCCUACAAAGCUAGUGCUCGUAAAAGGUUGUGCUGCAAAUUAAAAAUGAUAUAAGCUUUUUAUAUUUUUAUGGUUGUGUGCGAUAAAGUGAGGGUCCAAUUGUGUAUGAAGUUUACAUGUAGGGAUUAUUUUGUUAGCUGUUAGCUGAGAGAAACUAGUUUUCUGAGUUGUAUUUUUGUAAGUCUCUUAUUUUUGUUACUACUCUUGCUGUCGUAAGUAGCAUGUAAUGCUAUAUACAGUGAAUUAAAUCAAUAGAAUUCAA